UCCUGUCACUGGCUUAUAUGGACAAGUCGGCCCACUGCCACGUGACCACGGGCUGCUAAAAACAGCUCCAGCACCCGCUCCGAACCGGGGCCUGAAACAAUGUCCUCCGCCGAGAGAAAUGUAAAGGACACUUGAUCACACAAUCCUCGGAAUUAUUUCCAGGAACCACUUGCAGAAGCCAUUCAAAGCACCCUUUCCCUGGCGGUGUUGGCGGGGACGGCCAGGAGAUGAGCGCAUCUUUGAAUUACAAGUCUUUUUCCAAAGAGCAGCAGACCAUGGAUAACUUGGAGAAGCAACUCAUCUGUCCCAUCUGCUUAGAGAUGUUCACAAAACCCGUGGUCAUUCUCCCUUGUCAGCAUAACCUGUGUAGGAAAUGUGCCAGUGAUAUUUUCCAGGCCUCUAACCCAUACUUGCCCACAAGAGGAGGCACCACCGUGGCGUCGGGGGGCCGAUUCCGCUGCCCAUCCUGUAGACAUGAAGUGGUUUUGGACAGACAUGGGGUAUAUGGACUUCAGAGGAACCUGCUGGUGGAAAAUAUCAUUGACAUCUACAAACAGGAGUCCACGAGGCCAGAGAAGAAGUCCGACCAGCCCAUGUGCGAGGAGCACGACGAGGAGCGCAUCAACAUCUACUGUCUGAACUGCGAGGUGCCCACCUGCUCCCUGUGCAAGGUGUUCGGUGCACACAAGGACUGCCAGGUGGCUCCCCUCACUCACGUGUUCCAGAGGCAGAAGUCUGAGCUUAGCAAUGGCAUCGCCGUCCUUGUGGGAAGCAAUGAUCGAGUCCAGGGAGUGAUCAGCCAGCUGGAAGACACCUGUAAAAUUAUCGAAGAAUGUUGCAGACAGCAGAAGCAGGAGCUCUGUGAGAAGUUUGAUUACCUGUACGGCAUCCUGGAGCAGAGGAAGAACGAAAUGACCCAGGUCAUUACACGAACCCAAGAGGAGAAACUGGAACACGUCCGUGCUCUAAUCAAAAAGUAUUCUGAUCAUUUGGAGAAUGUCACAAAAUUGGUUGAGUCAGGAAUCCAGUUCAUGGAUGAACCAGAAAUGGCGGUGUUUCUGCAGAAUGCCAAAACCCUGUUACAGAAAAUCUCUGAAGCAUCAAAGGCAUUUCAGAUGGAGAAAAUAGAACAUGGCUAUGAGAACAUGAACCACUUCACAGUCAACCUCAAUAGAGAAGAAAAAAUAAUACGCGAAAUUGAUUUUUACAGAGAGGAUGAAGAGGAAGAAGAAGAAGAAGAAGGAGAAGAAGAAGGGGAAGGAGAAGUAGGAGAUGUGGAAGAGGUAGAAAAUGUUCAAACAGAGGCUCCAGAAGACAGUGAAAGUCUGGGAAAAGCCUUGGAGCCCGCUCAGCUGUCCUUGGAGCCGCAGGCUGCCCCUGGGGCACUUCCAGUUUCCUCUGCAGAGCCACCUCCAGCCCUGCCACCUGCUGCGGAUGCCCCAGUGACGCAGGGGGAGGUUGUUCCCAGUGGCUCUCAGCAGACCACAGAGUCUGAAACUCCAGUCCCUGCAGCAGCGGAAACUGCGGAUCCCUUGUUUUACCCUAGUUGGUAUAAAGGCCAAACCCGGAAAGCCACCACCAACCCACCUUGCACCCCAGGGAGCGAAGUUCUGGGGCAAAUAGGGCCUCCGGGUUCUGAGGACUCGAAUGUGCAGAACGCAGAAGUGGCAGGAGCUGCAACCAGUGAGAGGGCAGCAGUGAGUGGUAAGGAAACUAGUGCACCUGCAGCUACUUCUAAGAGUGGCUGUGAAGCCCCUCCCCUCCAGGGACAGGCUGCAGCUCCAGGGAGUGGGAACGGAGCUGAUUCUGAGCCGGCUCGCCACGUCUUUUCCUUUUCCUGGUUGAACUCCCUAAAUGAAUGACGUUCAUUCCAACUGCUGCUCCCGUGUCUGCCUGGCUGAGAUGCACACAGGCGGCAGGGAACCUAGGCGAAGUUAAUAUGAUGCAGAGAAUGAAAGGGACCCCUGAACAGGAUUUCUGCCAAACAAAACCAAACCCACAACUUUUAAUUCCAGAUGACUUCCCUAACACUUUGAGGAAGAAGAAUACUUUGGGAAAAUAGUUGCAGAAAACACUGGAAAAAAGAAACAUGAACUUAUGCAAAUCUUUCAUGGUGUGGGAAACACUAUUAAGGAUGUGUAGGUGUGGUAUGUGUGUGCGUCAUAAAAAGUGGCAAAUGUUGAAAAAAGUGGGCACUACACUCUUGUCCUAAUAGGCACUGGCUUUUUGUGAUUAUAUCAUAGUAGCUCUUAUUUACUUUCCUCUUUGACAAUGCAGGUGGUCAGUGAAAUUCAGUGUCAAUUCAGAAGUGACUGAUUUAUCAAUAUAUGGACAAAAGGUAAAUCAUUGACCAAAGCUAUGAAAUGUUUCACAAAGUUUUCCUCUUUUUCAUAAUAGAUAUCAUGGGAUGGUAUAUCCAGAAAUGUUCUUUGAAUUUGGUGACACUUUCAUAGUCCAGAGGCUGAAGGCCUAGGACAUCUCUUGUGAUACUUUUCUAGUCUUAGUUUUAGAUAAUAUUAGGCAUUUAAUGACAAAGGCCUUUCAACAGGAACUGUCUACUUUCUCAUGUAUCUACUGUGGCACCAAUCUGGUAAAUUAUAGAAAAACUGCAUGUAUUUAAAUGUGUGUACACAUACAUCACACAUUAAAAAUAUAUGUAUAUUUAAAUCAUGCUUAAUUUGUCUCACCAUAAUGCCUCCUUCAGAACAUAAGUCUAACUUUACUCUUUAUGAAAUCUUAAAUAAAUGCUGUUUUUAAAAACUUAGUCUUAUG